UAUUUGGCCUUUUUCCAAAGGAGUUUCCAAUUACAGAAAGAGUUCUCUAACAAAGAAUGUUUCCAGGGCAGCAGAUGUUUCACUCAUUACAUAAUACCGAGCAUGGCUAACCUUUAAAGCUUUCAACUGGGGCAGUAGUAGAGUGCGCACUGAAGUGGAAAUACAAGACUUUUAAGACCAGCUUGAUUCUUCUGAGUAAAGCUAUCCUAGUUGGCCUCCUGAGCCUUGUGCUGGGUUUUCUUGAGAACACAUAAGUCUAGCAUUCCAGUUAGGAGUGGACUGAAAAAAUUCUCCUUGAUAUCCACACACACUCUAGACGAAAUACUGACAUAACCAUGAUAGAAGACAAAGGUCCACGAGUGGCUGACUAUUUCGUAGUGGCAGGGCUCACUGAUACAGACACGGCAACCCUCCUGGACCAAGAAAUCAGCCGACAUGAAACUAAGUCAACCGGUCCCAAGGCUCCAAUUACUGACAUUGCUGUGAUAAUUAAAUCAGCUGGUGAAACUGUCCCAGAGGGAUAUACCUGUAUCGAGGCCACCCCUACAGCCCUCCAAGCCAACUUAAACUAUGGAAGUCUAAAAAGUCCUGAACUAUUUCUUUGCUACAAGAGAGGCCGGGACAAACCACCCCUUACUGACAUAGGAGUUCUCUAUGAAGGGAAGGAGCGCAUCAUUUCAGGCUGUGAGGUGAUUCAAGCCACUCCGUAUGGUCGUUGCGCUAAUGUUAACAACAGCUCGGCUUCUUCGCAACGCAUCUUCAUCACCUACAGAAGGGCCCCUCCAGUGCGACCUCAGAACUCGCUGGCAGUGACUGAUAUCUGUGUUAUUGUUACCAGCAAAGGGGAAACCCCUCCUCACACUUUCUGUAAAGUGGAUAAGAAUUUAAAUUGUGGUAUGUGGGGUUCCAGUGUAUACCUUUGUUACAAGAAGUCUGUGCCAGCUUCUAACUCUUUAGCAUAUAAAGCUGGCUUAAUUUUCAGAUAUCCUCAAGAGAACUAUGAAUCAUUUCCACUGUCAGAUUCCGUACCCCUCUUCUGCCUUCCUAUGGGAGCUACUAUUGAGUGCUGGGACCCUCAAACCAAAUAUCCGCUACCAGUGUUCUCAACAUUUGUACUGACCUGCUCUUCUGCAGAAAAGGUUUACGGUGCUGCUAUCCAGUUUUAUGAACCUUAUCCCCGGGAGCUGCUAACGGAAAAACAGCAAUCACAGCUGGGUCUUCUGACAACUGUAGAGAGAAAAGUGAUUACUUCCAAGUCCAUCAAUUCAAACAAAUGCAUCUGCCUUCUCUCACACUGGCCUUUCUUUGAAGCAUUUCGAAAAUUUCUUAUGUUCAUCUACAAACUCUCUGUCUCUGGACCUCAUCCUCUUCCCAUUGAAAAGCAUAUAUCCCAUUUUAUGCACAAUAUACCUUUCCCUUCACCACAAAGGCCAAGGAUUCUUGUGCAGCUUUCUGCCCAUGAUGCAUUAAUAUUGUCACAGCCAGUUUCUACACCAUUGCCAUUAAGCGGAGCAAACUUUAGCACACUGCUCAUGAAUCUUGGACCAGAAAACUGUGCCACUCUGUUACUCUUUGUAUUACUAGAAGGCAAGAUCCUCCUCCAUUCCCUUAGACCAGCUGUGUUGACAGGAGUUGCUGAAGCUGUAGUAGCUAUGAUAUUUCCAUUUCAGUGGCAAUGUCCAUAUAUCCCCCUCUGUCCUUUGUCUCUGGCCACCGUACUCAGUGCACCUCUUCCAUUUAUUGUUGGAGUUGAUUCACGAUACUUUGAUCUGUACGAUCCACCACAGGAUAUUGUGUGCAUUGACUUAGACACAAACAUGGUCUACAUAUCAGAUGAUAAGAAGAGCAUCAGCUGGAAGCAGUUUCCUAAAAAGCCAUGUAAAAGCCUUCUCAGCACCUUAAAGAAACUGCACCCACAGCUGGCAGCAGUUCACAGGAAAACUCAAGAAGGCUCUGCAGUGGAAAUGACUCCAAUAGAGGCAGAUUUCUCCUGGCAGAAGAAGAUGAUAGAACUUGAGAUGGAGAUCCAGGAAGCAUUUCUCCGUUUCAUGGCAUCUAUUUUGAAGGGUUACAGAACAUUCCUCAAACCAAUCACACAGGCACCUUCAAAUAAAGCAACUGCUCUGUUGGAUGAUUUUUACAAGGUCAUCUUCUUUAUCUUGCACAAAGAGUCAACCAACAGAGUGAGAAGGUAUUACAUGGGAUUUUUAAAAAGCAGAGACCGUGCCUAUACGAAGUUCUACACGCAUCUCACCAAAACACAGAUAUUCAGCCGCUUUAUUGAAGAGUGCAGUUUUGUGAGUGACAAGGAUACUGGCUUGGCAUUUUUUGAUGACUGCAUAGAAAAGCUCUUUCCAGAUAAGGGAACAGAAAAAGGAGAGAAGGUCGAUGUAGAUUCUGUCGAAGAUGCACGCUUGAUUGAGCUUGAUGAGUCACAAAAAAGUGAACACACAGUGUUUAUAAUGCCACCAGAACCACCUGCUGAUGAUGGACAGGACCGAGUGCCAAAAUACAGCUAUAAAAACUUCCCGCGACUAGAUUUCAAGCUCUUUGAUAGGCCACAGGAGCUCAAGCUCUCCUUCAGCAGACACCCAGCUGGAAGCAGCAUUUCAAAUAGUCCAGCACUCAUGGCAAAGAGGACAAAACAGGAGAUAAAAACAGCCCAUAAAUUAGCCAAGAAGUAUUAUGUAAGCCCCUCCCAGUGGGCUAAGUGUCUCUACAGUCAUAGUUACAGCCUAUGGUUUAUUUGUCUGCCAGCCUAUGUCAGAGUUGCACAUCCCAAGGUCAAAGCACUGCAACAGGCAUACGAUGUUCUGAUUAAAAUGAGGAAAACCGAUGUGGAACCACUAGAUGAGGUCUGUUACAGAGUAGUAAUGCAGCUCUGUGGACUGUGGGGUCAGCCUGUUCAGGCUGUGAGAGUCCUUUUUGAAAUGAAAAAUGCUGGAAUACAGCCAAAUGCCAUCACCUAUGGUUACUACAAUAAGGCAGUUUUAGAGUCUUCUUGGCCUAGCAGUAACCGCAGUGGCAUAUUCCUGUGGACAAAGGUACGAAACGUAGUUCAUGGCACAGCACAGUUCAGGCAGUGCUUAAAGAAAUCAACGCAGAGCCCACCAGUGCCUGUGAUACCAGCUCUGCGGAGUCCCACGGGUGGAAGUGAUGGGGACAUGGUGAGCCAUGGUAGCGUGGAUAGUUCUAAUGAUGCUAACAGUGGGGAGCACACCCUCUUCGUCAGUGACUUAGUCAGGCUUGAUUCCGUUGAUAAUCACUCUAGCACAGGUGGUCAGUCAGACCAGGGUUACAGACCCAAGGAUGAGCUUUUGAGAGAUUGUGUGGAUAAUCUUCCUAUAACUGAAACACAAGUAGAGAAAGAUAUUUCUUCUAACAUUGAAGACUUAAUAGAAGAGAUUUCUACAGAAAAAUCUUAUGAAAAGCAACAGCUGAAUAUAGAAAUUCUGAGCCCAGCUGAUCCACCUGCUUGUGGUAACAGUAUUGUGAAAGUUCCAUCAGGCAUUUUUGAUAGCAGUGGAAGGAAGAGCAGUGAUGAAACUGUUUCUAGCCCACUGUUCAUAAGUCAGGAUUCAAUUGAAGACACAGUCUUUGGUAAUGUUUCUCCUAAGAAAACAAGUGAAAAAAGACAGAAGAGGCAAAAACUGUUUUCUGAGAGAAGCUGCAGUUUCAGCAGUGAAAGCAGAGCUGGAAUGCUGCUGAAAAAAGGCAGCUUGGACUUGCAUUCUAAAGAAAUAGCAAUAAUGAUGGGAGCAGAUGCCAAGAUCCUAACAGCAGCUUUAUCUGGGGCCAAAACUUCACCCUCUCAUAUGAGUAAAUCCCACAGCUUUGAAACUAUCACUGACCAGCAGGUUUCUGACAUAAGUGGCACUUGGAGUGCUGUGACUGAGAGUGAUUGGAACCUAGAACAUAGGUCUUCACCAGUGCUGGAAGAACCUGGGGAAGGACAGGAGCAUCUUGAGAAUGGAAGAGAUGGAAACAUGACCACAGCGGAAGACAUGAACCUUGAACAGUCAGCUGAGUCUAAAAUCCAGAUACCAGAAUCCAGAGAUGCAACUGCUAAAAGAAAUAGCUUUUAUGGAGUGGCUAAGCCUAUUGAAAGGGAAGAUGUUGCGGUAGGCUUGGACCCUCUGUCUUUGCUAGCUACUGACAGCACACAACCAGGUUAUCCAGAACCUGAGGAAAAGUUAAUGUCACCAGUUGCAGCACGUAAUUUGGCAGAUGAAAUAGAGAGCUAUAUGAAUUUGAAGAACCCAUUGGGUAGUAAGUUUCCCAGCAUGGAACUGCACAAGCCGGAUAAGGAAGCAGAAGCUUCUAGUAUACUUGGUCACUCCCAAGAAAGGAGGUCAAGCCUGCCUUUGGAUCCCAUCCUGGCAUCCUCCAAACAUUAUGAAAAUCGAAGAAGUCCUUCUGUCUCCAGAUCCAAAACGUUCACUGGACGAUCAAAGCAACAAACUCAUCCACAAGUUCAAAAGGAGCGGUCUUCAUCUUUGACAGGACUGGGUCGUUCUUCUCCGCAUGGCUCACUGGGUACUGUCGUAACAACUUUAUCCAAUCUGAAGUUAGACAAUAUACUGUCUGGACCAAAAAUGGAUGUUUUGAAAUCAGGCAUGAAGCAAGCUGCCAAUGUGGCCAGUAAGAUGUGGGGAGUUGUAACAUCAGCAUAUAGUUACUCAGAUGAUGAGGAAGAAAGCCAUCGACCAGACUUUAAUUUCCCUGUUGGCUUUGAAGAUAAUAUUUUAGGAGAUAAUCUGUCAUCAAGAAUUGGAGUCUCAGGCCUCCUUAAAAAUGAGCUUGCACAAAGCACUACUAGUCUUGGCAGUAGCAGCAGUGGUGGUGAUGUAGGAAGACAGCAUUACAGUGCAGGUGAAGUUUCAUUCCCAAAAAGUAUGAAAGUUCUAGAUUCUGAGAAAUCAGAGCACAGCUCUUCACAUAAUACUAGUUUAUCCAGCAUUUUCCAGAACUAUGCAAUGGAGGUCUUGAUGUCAAGCUGCUCUCAAUGUAGAGCUUGUGAUGCUUUGGUUUAUGAUGAAGAAAUCAUGGCUGGGUGGACAGCAGAUGACUCAAACUUGAACACCACCUGCCCUUUCUGUAAAAGUACCUUCCUACCUUUGCUUAAUGUUGAAUUUAAAGACCUUCGUGGCUCUGCAAGCUUUUUCCUGAAGCAAAGUACCUCAGGAGAUAGUUUACAGAGUGGCACCCUUCCAUUAAACACAGAUCCUCUGGAGCAGAAACUGUUGACCAGUCCAGCUGUUGCUGACUUGAUCAGUUUUUCAGAUCACCUGCAGUCCAGCCACACCAUAGCUGAAGAAACCAGCUCUGCAGCUGAGAAAGGGGAUUUGGCAGAAGAACAGACUACAGAUCCCACUGCCAUGAAGACACAUGACAAUAAUCCACCAAAAAGGGGAGUGUCUUUGACUCGGAGCCACAGUGUGGGAGGUCCACUGCAAAACAUUGAUCUCUCCCAGAGACCAUCUCAUGGCAUUUCAACUGUUAGUCUUCCAAAUAGUUUACAGGAAGCUGUGGAUCCUUUAAUAAAACAACCUAACCCUGCCCCUGUAUCUGUACCCUAUUUGAGCCCUUUGGUUCUGCACAAGGAGCUUGAAUCACUGUUGGAGAAUGAGGGAGAGCAAGUAAUUCAUACAUCCAAAUUCAUCAAUCAACACCCCAUAAUCUUCUGGAACCUAGUCUGGUAUUUCCAACGGUUGGAUCUGCCCAGCAACUUACCUGGACUCAUUCUAACAUCUGAACACUGCAAUGAGGGAGUGCAGCUUCCUUUGACAUCCCUUGCUCAAGACAGCAAGCUAGUAUACAUCCAUCUUCUAUGGGACAAUAUCAACCUCCACCAAGAGCCAGGGGAGCCCCUAUAUAUAUCUUGGAGAAAUCUCAAUUCUUCUGAAAAGAAACCCUCCACACUGGCAGAAGAUCAGCAGGCAACAAACACUUUGUUAGAGAACAUCAAACUAAGUAUUCAACACAAUGAUGUUAUUAAGCCAAUCAACCUCCUCCUGCAGAAAGUUAAACCAGAUGUGAAACGACAGAGGAGUUUUUACAGGGAAAUUCUUUUCCUGUCUCUGGUGUCUCUUGGAAGAGAAAACAUUGACAUGGAGGUCUUUGAUAGUGAAUACAGACUUGCACUUAAGAAACUACCAAAGGAAGUUCUUGAAAAGAUGCAGAGAAUAGAUGUUCCACCAAGCAGCAGGGUUGAGUGUUGCAGGAAGUGCUUUGGAGCACCUUUAAUAUAAAAACAAGGAAGAUGCACACCAAACUGUGGAGAGACGAAAGCAGAGGUGAACAAACCGAGGAGCGUGGUGAUGACUUAUACACUUUUCAGUCUCAAAUGGUGUUAAUUGAGCAAUUUGUCAAACCAGUUUCAUUGAGCUGCAAUAUAUAUUCCUCUCAUUCAUCUCAUAGGCACAUUCUAAAGUAUGUCAAAAUGUUUUAAAAUUAUGAAUUUGUUUCAAUGGUUAAUCUGUGUUUCCCCUAAAUAUAUGCUUUAAUUUCCUCAAAAUUUUCCUCCACAAUAUCAAGUUGUUAAAAAAGCUGAUGACGAAACAGCAGUCUAUAGUUGGUGACUUUCUUAAGGGCCACCAAUAUUGGUGUAUUUUAAUGCAGUACUUUUCCAGUGCUCAGAUUCUUCAAUGCUUCUUUAAAAUUACCUUUAUCUAGACAGGGAUCCUUUUGUUAGUGUGUGGUAUGGUUGUAUGAAUGUAAAUAUUUGAAACCUUGGAUUGGAAGCUGCAACGCAGUUACUCAGAUCACAGUACCUUAAACUGCUACCCUUCUCCUGACUCUUGUCAGUAUUCUGAAUUACCUUUGCUGACCUUUUCAAAAUGUGUGUCUACAGCUGUGAGAAAACAGAGACUUGCACUCAACUUUCCUGUAUUCUCUAUCUGAUAAACUAUAAGGUCCUGUACUGGCUGCUUUCUCCAAAGAAGGAUAGGCUUCAACACAAAGCAGCUCAGAAAUGGAUGGCUUCCAAAAAAAUCAUGUUGGGAGCUCAAAUGGUAUUGGAAUACACACAAGAAAUGUCAACAGCUACUGCCUGAAAAAAAACUAUGCUUUAUACUCUUUGCAUGUGUGCUUAAGAGGGGUCUUCCUCAAAUUCUUUAUCACCCUCUUCCUUGGUUUCAUACUAGCCUGUGGGUUAAUAUUUUUGCACUGAUAGUCCAGAUUCAAUAUUUCAAUUAAGAUGUAUUUAUAAAUGUAUCUUCAAGAUGUAUAUUAGCAGAAAUGACGUGCUUAUGUUCAUGAUCUGAAAAGAUGUAUUGCUUCUCGAAGAUAAGACACUUCCUCACCUGACAUAUUUAAUUGACUGCAGUAGUCAUAGUCUUGGCAAGAAGAGCUUGGAUACUGGUCAACAGUUUAAGUGUUUCUGUUACUUGAAGAAUAUGAUAAGAUUUAUUCCAGGUUUUUGCUGAAAGUUAGUGGUGUGGCUUUUACAAUGGAGUAAUUCAUAGAGAAGAAGAGAUAUUUGUAGCAUGUAAAAGGAGCAUAGCUUAAAAUAUUACUUGCAUCUGGAUAUGAAUGUAUUUACUUGAUACUACUUUUAAAAAUUUUCAUUCUUCAUAAUGAUGAGGGAUGAAGAUCUGUCUGGAACAAUUUUUUACAUGAAACAAUAAAACAAAUUUUUUUUUCAUGAGGUGAAAACAAGGGAUUUGCACUAUUUAUGACAAAAUAUAUUUAUGUCAUAGACUGAUAAUAUGGCUCAUAUGAUGCCUUGUAUUUUGUCUAAAAGUGCUGAUCCUACGUUAACAUGGGGAUAUUACCUGGACAGAUUCUCUCCUGAUAAAACUAUUGUGCUUUCUCAACAACUAAAACAAGAAAGCACACAAUGAUAUAUAUUUUUUUUAAAAUUCUUUAUUCUUUGGGUUUAUGCAUAGUUGCUUGCUAAUAUCUGACUUACAUAACAAUUAAAUAACAGUCCUUGAUUCUUCAUUUUUUCCUCUCUUUUCCAGUUAGAUAAUCGACAUGGUUCCAUACUUCUAAAAUUAAAGUCUGUCUAAAGCAUUGGUCCAAACAACUUAAUAUUUCUACAAAUCAAAGCCAGCAAAUUUUUCUGUAAAACUCUACAUUAUUUUUCAACAGACAGCUACAUAAAAACUAUUUUUGAGUGUUAAAUGGACAAACCACAUGAUUAUGUGAUGCAACUUGCAAUUAAUCAGGUUUCAGUUACCCUUAAAUUCUCCCAGCUCAUUAAAUGUCGAGGAAAAUCUGUCUGGAGAGUACUGUUUUAGAUAUGUGACAUCCAAACAGUUUUAAAACAUAGUAAAUAAUAUUAUUAUUAACUAGUUUCUGUAAACACGUCAUCUUCAUUUCCAAACAACUUUCUCAUCUGUUGCUGAUAAUAUCGAUUAAUAAGUUCAUAGUGUUGCAAAGACAGCAAAGCAGAUUGUGUCACAACAUCUAUUGUGUUACUUGCUAAACCUUUCCCAGCUAUAUACACUAAACAAACAAAAAAAACCCCAACAGAAGCAAAGCCAGAGGAGAAAAGGGCAGAUGCAGAAUUGAACUUGCUUUGAUUUGCUCUUGCAUAUUGGCAUUUUUGUACACUACAAAUGAACCUGGUGUAGGUACUUGGAUUUAACCUACACCUGGUGUAGGCACUUGGAUUUCAGAGUGGGAGAAGUCCUGCAUGUAGCUACUUGAAAUCUUGAAUCUGCAAAUUGGAAUUGAUUCUUUGAUAUAGAAUAAAAAAGGAAGAACUUAUCCUUUCUAUAUAAGUUUUUAGUGCUUAGGUUUUAGAGUAGCUAACUAAUCAGUUGGGUAUUUGAUGUAAUCCAUAGCUCAGAUGAAAAGGGACACCUCUGAAAGCAGUUUGUUUUCAUCUCAGAUGCUUUUUUUGGGGGAAAAAGUGAGUUUCACAAAAUCUGGCCAAAAAUAACCAGGGAAAAGUUUUGGAAGUGUUUUGUGAAUGCAUUGCAAACACUUUUUGUUCUUCUGAACAUUAGGCACUACAGGCACACCUCUGCAGUUUAGUUGACAGGAUGAACUUCUUGUGCUACAUGGGGAUGACGUAAUUACAUACAAAUGCUUCUAACUUGUUUGACACCCAGCUCCUAGGAAUCCAAAUUUAUCUAAAUCCAUAAAGCAUUACUGAUCUGAGCAAAGUGUUGUGAAGGAAGGAUGAGGAUAAGCUGGAUUUUGGUUCUGUUUUUAGGUCAAUAUAAGCAGAAGAGCAGUAGCAUUUUGCUCACUUGUGAAACUCUUGUCUCCACAUACUUUUUCUAGUAUCUCAACAGCCAGUGGUCAGGAGAUGAUUCUUUUGUGUCUAUUUAUUUAUGUGUCUAAUUCCCAAGAACCUGAAGAAAACAUUUGCCAAUCAGCAUUUACUUCAAAAUACGCAAUGUGUGCACAAAAUGAGGGUGUAAAAAAACCUGAGAACAGAAGUGGAUGCAAACAAUACAUUUCAGGUAUGCCCAAGAACUUAGAAAGUUUGUAUUGGAAGAACAGUUUUCAAAGAGAAGCUUCCUAGAAUUGUUUCCCUAAGGAUGUUGAACUGCAGCCUGUUGUGCUAAGGUACUAUCUUAGACCUUUCACCCAGCUAUAAAUCAGUUACGUAUGCAGCUUGUGUGCUCACAUGAGAAGAGCUGGUUUUUUUGUGGAGUUAAAAUAACAAAUGAGGUCUUAAAUGUUUAAAAUCAGGAUUUUUAUGUCACAGAGUUUUUCUUUAUUAUUUAUUCUGGCAGAUCACCAAAACCUAAAGAUUUUGAAAACCCUUUAGGCCUAGGAGACUGACGUGGCUGCAGUGUUGGCACAGUAACUGGUAUCAGCUUUUACAUGUUACUAGAAGCAUUUGUAUGUUACUUACAAUCAUAUCCUGUCUUCACAUUUUAUAUAAUUCAAGUUUAGAUAAAACAAUUAUAAUGGAAAGUUUUACUUACUAUAUGUGUUUCAAACUAAAUUAAUUUUGCAAGUAACUUAGUCUUUUUCCUGGUGGAAUUUCAUAUUGGUUAAGUUCAAGCUACAUUGCACUUGUGAAUGAGUAAUAUUCUAUUUUAACUGUGAAUUAAUGGCUUUUUGUAUUGCUGCAUCUAAAGGAAUAUAUCUUUCAUUAAGUUUACUGCUUUCCUUGAAUAACUGCAACAUAGGGGAUAUUUUCAAAAUGUAUAUUAAAUUAGAUAAUAGAAAUUAUAUUUUUAAAACAAAUUGUUAAAAUGUAAGGAACUGAAGAAUCCACUCAGUAGUUUUCUCUUUUCAAAACUCUUAAUUCAGCCAUUAUUUCAAUACAGAUAACUCCUAUUUUAUUAACAGUAAGCAGGUAAUCUUAUUCACAUAAUUUGUAUAUUUUCAACAAAAGGGUUCUUUCUUUCUUUCAUCUAGUAAAAAUCUUAAAAUACAUUCUGUAUAGCAGCUUUUCACUAAGGAUCUUUUUAAAAACAAACACCCAUUUAACUUGCAAGUGUUGAAACUGAGUGGUUGAAUUGGGCUCUAGUUCUGUACUCUCCCGUGCUGUGUAUCGUGAUGCAUACGUGAGAGGAUAGGAUGGCGUUUUUAUUUGUUCUUUCAGUCUGCAUCAACCAAUGGUGCAAAUAAAAGGGAUUGUUUGCUGUUGUUUAGAAGCACAUUAAACUCCUAUUAGGAGCUUAAAAUAAAUUGUAUUGUAACAAGGAUUAAAUGAUGUAGUAUGAAUAAAUUAAGAAUCUGUUAAGUGAGCUGGGAAGCUUAAUGCAAUAAAAUUUGCACUGGUUUAGGGACUGUUUUGAACUGUUGAAAAAUGGCAUCCAUUUACUGUGCUUUGAUUAACAAUUGUUUCUCUGUAAUAUUUUUGUACAUUUGACAAAAAUUUGAUUUUAAAAGGGCACUCUAUAUCCCGAAUUCUGUAUAGAUAUUCUAGACUAAGAAACAAUUUUUAAUGUUGUUCCCAGAAUAAAAUAUAUAUGCAUCCUGUGUAAAA